AUGUCGCAGACCUAUGGAGGCGACCCCUCGGAAGGUGCGAGAGCGUCAGGCGAAUAUGGAAGCGGUGCUGGACGCUCCGACUUGCCGCAGGAGUUUGAGAGCAAAGUGCACAUCGCCCAUCAGACGCCGCCCGUGAACUUGACGCUGGAGAGGCCCGAGGUCGGGGGAUCGGGGCAGACGAACCGGGAGGAAGAGGAGGGCCGGGAGCAGGGGGAGGAGCGCCCUUUGUUCGGGAAGAAGGACUCUACCGGGGAGACGGCACGGCCAGUGCUGGUCGAAGCGGAGGAGGUGGCCUACGAGGUGGUGGACAAGCCGGUCCCGCGAGCGCAGGCGGCCGCGGGCGCGGUCGCGCCGGUUGUGGUGGAGGAGUACGCAGCGGAGGUGAACGUCGUCUCCGUCGUGCCGGUGCCUCCCGGGACGGUGCUGAUCCCCGGCCCAACGGUGGUGGGCGGCACCGUUGUCCCCGAGAAGGACCUCAAGAAAUCGUCCAGCUCUAGUUCUUCGAGCAGCAGCGAGGGCGAGGAGGAGCACGCGGCGGGGGUGGCCGCGCCCGGGGAGAAGACCCCCCCGGGAGAGAAGCCCAAGAAGAAGAAGAACAUCUUUAAGAGGAUCGAGGAGAAGGUGAAGGAGACGCUGACCGGGCACCAUCACGGCAGCGACACCGGCCAGAAGUGA